UAUAUUCAUUAUUCAUCCGUUUAGCGGACGAUUACUAACAGCCAUAUGAAAAAGUUUGACAGAUAACCAAACAUGAACCUAACUUUUUGCCGGUUAAAAUUAAAAUUUAAAAUUGUUUAUAAUUUAAGUUUUUCACCAAGAAUAUAGUUAUAUUCGUAUUUCCUACCUCUGUAGAUUUUUUGUAGUAGUUUACUAGAAUAAGGAAAGGCUACAGUAUUUUUACAAUCUUCAAGAUGUCUCACACGAUAAAACAAUUAGAGGAAAAAAAUGUUGUUAGCGAAAUUAGUUGUAUGGUAUGGAGUAAUCGAAUGGACUUAGUGGCUUUAGCAAACAUUAAAGGUGAAGUAGCCUUACACAGACUGACAUGGACUAAAGCGUGGGUGUUAAAUCCACCAAAAGAUGUCAAAGCCCAAACAGUCAAAGGAAUAUCUUGGAGGCCCGAUGGAAAAGUAUUGGCAGUAGCUUACAGCAAUGGAACCGUCCUACUUAUUAAUAUCGAAACAAAGGCUAUUGUUUUAAGCUUCAAAGUAAAUGAUGAAAUAUCGUUUUUAUCUUGGGUACAAGAAAAAACUGAAGUUAAGCAACAAGAUGUUUUUAAUUUAAACGAAGUGGAAUCUGAACUUUUAAAAUCAAUUGAUUUAUCUAAACCAUAUCUUAGAGAUCCUCCACCUGUAUCUCCUUUGGAGGAUUCAAUAAACUUUGAAGACAUCAAAGGUUUAACCAGCUUUUUACAAGAACAAGCUGAAUUUAACUUGCUUGUCAUUGGAACUAAAGAAGGACUAGUGCAUUUGAGAGUAUUCGGCUGUUGGAAGUGUCUAAGUUUAAAAGUUAGCGAUUACUUUGGGUAUCAAUGUUCAAUAAAAAAUGUCCACUUCACUGAAGACUUGAGUAAAAUGUUUAUUACAGUAGAAGACAAAGAAAAUGUUACAACAGUUUUAUUUAAUUCUGAGAUAUUUAAAACCCACAGUACUGAAUUAUAUCACGUUACAAUGAAGUAUAUAAAAUUGUACGAGCUUGUAUUGUAUUUAAGUAAAAUUAUAACAAAUAUCACAGAGACUUGGGAAAGUAUAUUGUUGCAAUUUGAUCAGAAAUUGUCAAAGUACGCUAGUCAAGUACCGGAGGGGGGUGUUACGGCGGAUUUUUUGGAACUGCUCAUGUUUGGAACGUUUACUGAACAAAUGGAGGAAUUCCUGAUGCAUGAUUUAACUAAAAAGGGACUGGAAAAAUUCGGACAGACCAUGGAAUUUAGUUAUUCAAAUAUACAGUCGUAUUUGAUUAAGCAUAUUAUUAAAUAUGCGCAGAAUGGUACAUAUUACUUGGCUGAAUUGAAGGGAAUGUCUCAAUUUGAAGAAAGAUAUGGGGUCAUCGGAUUGAACACUGAUGAGAUCCAACAAGCCAUCCGUUCGAAUGGGGCUUUCAUAAUCAAAGCAGGCGAAAUGCAACAGAUCAUAAACCAUUCCGUCAUCAACUACAAGGCCUUCUUCCGAUGGCUGUACGGCUCCAUUUUACGUCUCAUGGACGAACACGUGCCUUCAGAAGUGCAAAAAAUGACACAACAAGACCUGUCCUGCAUCGCAGAAUUCCUACAACACUUUGACAACUACGGUAAAGUUGGCAACAAGAAAGGCAGCACGUUUAUUAUGGAGAGAAUCAGACAGUAUAUGGUCGAUGAUGACUUGACCAUUAAGCCAGAUAUGACUGGGAACGAAUGGACUCAAUUCCUUGAAGAGAAUAACUGUUUAAAGUCUAACGAGAACGUUCUAUGUCAUUAUCUCGACAAAUCUCUUGUGCAGGUGUUUAACGAAAUGAAGAGAAGCGUCGAGAAGGUUUUUGAAACGCCUGUUCAGAAGAUUUCAGAGAAAGUUCAGCCAGUUAAUACUUUUUGUAGCUUGAAGUUGCAACCGAUGAUUGCUAGAGUCUCCUCGAUUAACAUUUCGAAGGAUAUACUCUUGAUGGCGUUGCAGAAAUCUCCAAAAAGCUUGUAUUUUUUUCAGAUAAACAUCGAUAACUCCUGUCAGUGUCUAGUUCGUUGUGGAAACAUAUUUUUCACCAAAAGUCCAUUCCAAGAGUGUGAAUUCGACGAAAUACUCAAUAUUAUCGAUGUUAAAUUCUAUUCCACUUCCAUUCUGUCUCUAUUGCUUCAAGAGGGACCCAAUUCAGAUAGAGCAGUGCUUCUGCAACUUCCAAUGUCUCCAGUUUUGCAGCAGUUGGCCGAAGUCGAUAUUUAUGCAGGCAUAAAUGAAUCUUUCGUUCCUGACAUCAACGGGUCAUCAAUCGAACAGAAAGUGUUCAGGAACGUAGAUAUGCCCGUUGCUGAGUUUUCAGUGUCUGGAAGCAGGAGGGUGAGCAUCGUUCUGGGUGAGAACAGGAGGAAAAUUAAGUUAUUUGAGAUGGAAAGUGAGGAGGACGAAGAGGAGGACGCGGAGAUGACCAGUAUGAUUAAGGAUGAUAGUAUGCAAGACAAUUUUUCUAAUGUUUCAGUUGAGUAGUAUAAUAAAAUAACUUUAAGUAAUAAU